UUGUACGCACUCGGAAGACAAUUCCACUUUUUUCGCAUUCCCUUUACCUUUAUCUUUUCUCUAGAGACAAAUCACUGAGGUCGUUUUUCGCAGUGCUAAGUUGAUUGUUCAGAUUUGUAACUGGUUUGCUAAUCAGCGUGCAUCCACCCGUCGGCCAGCCUUAGCCGCCGCUCACACACAGGUUAACCAACAGGUGCCGAGCAUUCCAACGAUGCUUCCGGAUUUUCGGCCGAAGUUCGACUUCAACAAUGUGAUCGAGAGCUGUCAGAAGAGCAGCAACGGAGACGAGAGCCGCAUUGACGGCGGCUCCGACUCGCCGACGCCGAACGACGACGAGGUGCACAGCAACAGCGACGGCGCGGAGAUGUCGACGUUCCCCCACAUAAAGCAGGUUGGUGAGGUGAGAGGCUCGAUCGUCGCCAGUUUCCUCGUUCCUUGCAACUCGACACAUCUCAACUGGGCGCGCGCGACACUUCAACCGAAUGGACUAUUCGACACCCCCGAAUCAUGCAAAUAUAUGAGAGUACAAACCGCUAGAAAGUGCAAACUCGGCACUGCGCGUUCGUCGCACAAUGCAGUCCGUCUAGCAGGCGCGAAUUUCCGAAAUUCGCCGCCAUCCCAGUCUCUCCGACCUUUGCAUCGGCUUAUUCGUAAUGGCUAG